AUGGUUUAUCUAUCAAGAGAAUAUAACCAGAUAUCAGUGGAAGGUUUAUCUAUUACCAGAAUACAACCAGAUGUCAGUGGAAGGUUUAUCUAUUACCAGAAUACAACCAGAUGUAGAUUUAUCUCUUACCAUAAUACAACCAGAUAUCAGUGGAAGGUUUAUCUAUUACCAGAAUACAACCAGAUGUCAGUGGAAGGUUUAUCUAUUACCAGAAUACAACCAGAUGUAGGUUUAUCUAUUACCAGAAUACAACCAGAUAUCAGUGAAAGGUUUAUCUAUUACCAGAAUACAACCAGAUAUCAGUGGAAGGUUUAUCUAUUACCAGAAUACGACCAGAUAUCAAUGGUAGGUUUAUCUAUUACCAGAAUAUAUACAACCAGAUAUCAGUGGAAGGUUUAUCUAUUACCAGAAUACAACCGGAUAUCAAUGGUAGGUUUAUCUAUUACCAGAAUACAACCAGAUGAAGGUUUAUCUAUUACCAGAAUACAACCAGAUAUCAGUGGAAGUUAUAUCUAUCAAGAGAAUAUAACCAGAUAUCAAUGGUAG